CAAAUGUCGAGGGCGACGGUAAGGGCAACGGUUUGUUUACUGCGCUGUCGGGCCGGUAGUUACUAGUUUGGUUGAAACGUGCCGCCACCGCGCGAGCUGGCGGGUUGCGAGCUCAGCUUGUGCUCAUUGCCUAUAACCUCCGCUAGCACCUUCCCUUGUCUCUUGGCCAGCAGCAUUUCGCAGAGGCAGGGCUGGAGAUCUCCUGCCUCCCCUUCCCACAGGCUGCCAUCUUCCCCUCUGUUCACCAUCGAUGCAGCAGCCUUCUCAGUUGGAGAUUCAGCGUGAGGUCGAGGCCCUCCGCAACCUCCGACGACGUUCAACCACCCAGGGAGGCCCAGGGACGCUCAUCUUAGAUCCUGACCUUCCUGAUUCAUCUCCUUCGUCCUCUCCCACUAAUGAUUAUUGGCAGAACGGCAGUGGUGCUUCCCAUGAUGAUGUAGAUACGGCGGGCGCCUCAUACGAUGGAAAUACGUCUCUGGAACGAACAGCCAGUCCAAGCGACCCUUCCCACCUCUUCUGGGUCCCAGCCCGCUUACAUCCAGAGAUCGCACCUGCGGAAUUUCGUGCAUUUUUGAAGGAGCAUGCGCGCGAUCCUCCGCCAGAAACUGACGAAGUCGUACGGCCCACUCGAUCCAGCUCACUCAACGCCCACUCUUACUUGGGGCGCAAGCGAUCGAGACUCAGCCGCCAGUUCAAACCUUCUGAUACGGAGGAAUCAGACGAUGAAAAGGAGAAGGCUGCUCCUCUUCGUCGAGGCCGCACGCUCGCGAACAAUGUCGCGCCGCAACUCACCAUUGAUGACUUGCAGAAACUAGAGCAGCUAGCGGAGGAGGCAGGCACCACCGGAGACCCUACGAAGUUUAGGAACGUACUUCGUAGGAGUAUGAGCCUCAAUGUUAGCUCUUCGGUGGUGGACAAGACUCCUAGUGCAUCGGGCACUUCCGAUGAGGCCGAUAUUCCUAUCAUCGUCCCUCCUCCGGGGUCCAUUCUCAGGCGAGCUGCGCGUACUAAGAUUCGCAAGCCAAGUCUGCCAGGAGGCGAUGGAGAAAUGCAACGAUUCGGGUCUGGGCGUCGGCCUAGAGCGACCCCCAAUAUGGAACCUCGAAGCUCUAGCGAUCUAUCUUCCAACGACCAUACAACAAGCGAACACGACUACGCUGACUCGAACGAACCUCUAAAGCGUCCACGCGCUUUCUCUAUGGACAGUAGUCAGGAUGACCACUUCUCUCAUCGACCGCAGUCAUUCAGCGAAGAAGCAUCCAUUUAUGACGCUUAUGCUCACGAAGAUGUGGAAGAAGAGCCACGACCUAAAACUUCCACUGGUCCCCCACAGCUCCCCGCCAUCUUACUGCCCUCAGACGAUGGAUCAGAGACUCUCUUUGAGGAACCCAAAUCAGAAACUUCCACUCCUGGACCAACCCUGGAGCAUCCUCAACCGCAGCGCCUAACUGUUAGUCCGACUUCCGAGGAGGAGUCUCGUACACCAUCCCCUGACACAUCAACCCUCAACCACUCAACGGAGGACACAGCCACACUUGCUACAUCCUCAGAAUCUGCUGUCCCGCCAUCUAAAACUCCUAGUCCCGCCAAACGAGAGAAAAGUAAAAAGCUCUUUGCAAAGUGGGGUAGCGAUAAGUCUGCGAAGAAGAAAGAGAAGGAGAAGGAGAAGGAGAAGGAAAAGGAGAAAGAAAGCCAGCCACCUGUCAAGGACAAGGAACCAGGUUUCUUCGGAUCUCUUUUUAGCAGUAAGAGGAAGCAUGACGAUCAGAAGGAUCAGUCGUCCCAACAUGGGAGUGGCCGUGACGCAGGGUAUCCCAUGCAUGGAACAGCUGCCUCCCAGUCAUUGUCUCCUACGCCUCAAAUAGGGGGCAUGCCGGGUACCUACGCCCGCUAUCCCAUUCAUGUUGAACGUGCAAUUUAUAGACUUAGUCAUAUCAAGCUGGCCAACCCGCGUCGACCUCUUUACGAACAGGUGCUCAUCAGUAACUUGAUGUUCUGGUAUCUUGGCGUUAUCAAUAAGACGCAGGCCCCCACGAAUACCCCACAGAACCAGCUUGUUGAACAACAGCAAUCUAACACACCCAUUGGAGAUGGAAUAACGUUGGAACAACGAGGAAACGAAGAGCAGGGAGGGUCUGAAGGAAAUUCGGACGAGACGGGAGAUGUCCACGAGAGGGGGGCGGAGCGGCAGGGGGAACUCGAGUUGGAGAGGGGGAACGAGAACGAGAAUGAGAACGAGAACGAGAACGAACGAGAACGAGGGAGAGAGAGGGAAGCACAAACACAGAAGAAGGAGAGUUCACGACGGGCAGGAUUGACAAAAGCAUCCGGAGGGGCCAACCGGAGAGUAGCAGAGAUGCCAGUAAAGGGCCCCCAGUAUGAUAUGCAACACCGGGAGAUGGAGCAAGAAUACGGAUAUGGGUAUGGAUCAUCAACAUCAACACCGGCUGGCUCCUCACGUAACCAACGGCCUGUUCAGUAUAACUCAAGUUAUGGACAGACCGGAAACAUUUCUUACUCUGGGUAUAGCGACCAACAACAACUACCGCCAGGUGCUAUGGCGCCAGCGUCGGCCGCUAACUCUGCCUCGCCGAGAAGGACGUCGUCGUCGUCGCCCCCACCAGAUUCGCAAGCCGGGUCGUCUCAGGCGCGGGCUCCAGGUCGACCUCGAUCUCCGCCGGGACAGAACCACAACAGAUACUCCCCUGGUCAGCUUCUUGCUAGCUCGCCAUCAGGGUCACGCACACCCACACGCUCGCUCUCUGCGACUGCCAGUUCAACAGGAGUUCCGCUCUCUGUCGAUGGCAAGGCUCGUAAAGUCACCAGCGCACACGCUGUCAUGGCCUCUCCGAAGGCUCGCUCACGUGUCAGCCUCGAGCCUGGCAUUAGUCCACGAGAGGCCCGAGUGAGUGGGGAUGAAGAUGUACCGUUGGCCGUAUGGCAACAGCAGCAGCGUCGUUGAUGCGUUCCUGGGCGCUUUAAGAUAUGGUGCUCGACUAACCUCUCCACACUUGUACAAUGUGUCCUUCGGAAGUUGAUCUGCCAAUGAUCCUUCAUUCUCAACCCGUCGAUAUCCUCCCCCCAACUCGUCUCUAUCUCAGCCGGACCAUACCUACCUUAGCCUGCCAUUGCUUACUUCAACGCACAUUCACAUUCUUGUACCCUGCAUUGCAUUCAGUGGCUACAGGCCCCUGACCUGGAAGUUCUUCUGUUGUAUUCUCAUGGACAUUCGAGUUCUCGUAAUCAAGGAUACUUAGAGCUUUUUAAAUUCUCCUGGCGGUUGGAACAACCUCCCACGCUCACCGCACGACAACGUGGACAUUUACUAAUCUCACUGAUUGCAAUCCCUUUCAUGAGAUUCUGAAUGCGCUAUUUCGACGGUUUUCUGUCUUAAUUGGAUGUUUCUGGCGCUUCAAACUCGCUAUGGGUUUGCUCUUAAGUUCUGCACUAUCGAAAACGUACAAUGACAAAUCUUUC